AUGGCGGCGGCGCGGAGGUGGAGGCCGGGAGCGCGGGGUGCGCGCGCAGCCGCCGCCAUCAUGGAGUGCGCAGAUGGGGGAGGGUCCGUGCGAGGAGCAGCCAUUGCCUGGGGACCCAGCGGGAGCUGGCGCCCCCCUGCGGGCAGCAGCGUCAUUGCGCACCUGGACCUCGACUGCUUCUAUGCGCAGGUGGAGAUGCUCCGGGCCCCGGAGCUGAGGGACAAGGCCUUGGGGGUGCAGCAGAAGUCCCUCGUGGUCACGUGUAACUACGAAGCCCGGCGCCAUGGGGUGAAGAAGUUGAUGUCCCUCAAGGAAGCCAUGGAGAAGUGUCCUCACUUGGUGCUGGUCAAUGGAGAAGACCUCACUCCCUACAGGGAAAUGUCCUACAAGGUCACAGAGCUCCUGCGGGAAUAUUGUCCAUUGGUGGAAAGACUUGGAUUGGAUGAGAACUUUCUGGAUAUCAAUGUGGUGGAGCAACGUGUAGGCCGCUUCCAUCCAAGUGGGUGGGCUGGGAUCCGUGUCUCAGGCCAUGUCUACAAGCACCAAGCCAUCAGCGUGCAGGAUCCAACCCAUCGGAGGCUCGCCAUUGGAUCCCAAGUGGUGGAAGAGCUCCGGGAAUGCCUUUACUCCACACUGGGCCUCAGCAGCAGCACUGGGGUGGCCACCACCAAGCUCUUGGCCAAGGUGGUCUCUGGGACCUUCAAACCCAACCAACAAACCCUGCUCCUACCUCACAGCACCCAGGAGCUGCUGAGGAACCUGGGGCCUAUCUGGCAGGUGCCAGGCAUCGGCUCCAGGACUGUGGAAUGCCUGGAACGUUCGUUGGGUGCGAAGACCGUGGUGGAUCUCCAAAGGUUUCCAUUUGCUGGCUUGGAGAAGGAGCUGGGAAUUGCGCUUGCUCAACGGAUCCGGAAGCUCAUCUAUGGGCAGGAUGAGGCCCCUGUGACACCAUCUGGACCUCCUCAG